GCCCUCCACCACCAUCGCUACACCAUCAUAUUAUUACCACACACCCUUCUUCCCACGUACAAGUCCAAGUCGCCUCCUCGCUGAAGAAAAGGGUACUUGUAGUAAACCUUCUUCCUCCCUCCCGGCCCUUUUUCUUCCGCUGCUCCCCCUCGGAACUUUAAACCUGCCUUCCUCGGUGUUUGUUCUUGGUCCAUCUUCCUGUCUAUCUGCUUACCUCUCUUUUUACUGCCCGUCUACCUCUAGCAUUUGCGUGUGUACGUAAUGCCACGGCCGUUGCGUCUGCUAUUUCGCUGGUCUCCUUGCGUGCUCUGCGGUCUCGGUCUCGGCCUUUAAACAUCCCAUCGUCCCCUUUGCCCUCCAAAAUAACGCAACACACCCAUUACUUCUCUCCUCUUGUCCGUCCGUCAGCCUCGAAACAUUUGAUGGGCUUUUCUGUGUUUUUUUUUUUAAAAAAACGCUAAAGAGUUUAUCGCACGAGCCUGUGCCUCCUUCUUCAUCGCUGGUACUGCUGUUCUCGUUCUCGAAUUGACUACCACCACCGCCUGCCUACUCCGACGCUGCUACUCAUCCUACCGCCCUGAUAACUUGCCCUGCUCCACCCGCCGACCAGACGAAGGGAAUUGAGAGUACAUAUAGGACAAUUUAGCCGCAGUCUGCCAACAGAUUCUAUUUCUCGCUCACUUUUUUCUCCAUAGUUUCUUCUCAAUUUACUACACUGGCUUUUGUUAGCACGUCAUUGGGCAACACGCCUGCCGCUACUAUUGCCAGGUCCUACCGGCCGUUCAACUAACCCCCUCGAGAAAGAAUAAUCAUGACCGAGAUUAUGGCUGCACCUAUCCACCUGGACGUUUGCUAUCAACCUGGGUCGUCUCCUAGGUGUCGAUCACCUCAGUCUGCGUACGCCGGGCCAACGGGUUCAUAUGUUGAUUCACUCUCCAACUCAGAGUAUGAUCCGUACGAUAGUCACAAGAGUUCUCCUCCCCCCUCAUCGAUCUCAUCGUCGUCACCUUUUUCGAGCAUUGCGAGUCAAUCUUCCGUUCCUUCUUCUGUUGCAAGCAGCGUCUGUCUUGAUACCAUUCCAAUAGAUAAUGACGAUCAAUUCCUCUUUCCAGUAUACGACCAGUCAGCCGUCUCAUACUGCUCGGAUGAGUAUGAUUAUACUUCUGAGGACUAUAAUACGCCUGUUCCCGGCACUUCACCACGGAGUCCGUCCCCACCCACGAUUCCCGAGAUACCUGAAAUAAUAUUUGUUCCGGCGGAUGAUAGUGUUGUACGACACGAGCCGUCACGACACGUAGAUUACCUGUCGCAUGAUUGGAAUGAGGAGGAUAUUUGGGCGUCAUGGCGAUAUAUGGUUGGAAAGAGAAAAGUUUAUAAUAAUGCAGCUCGUUUGGAGAAUGCUUCAUGGCGGACAUGGGCAAAGGCAAAGUUCAAGUUAAAAACGGUUUCGCCCGAGACUUUGAAUUGGUUGAAGGACUGUGACGUGACAUGGCUCUAUGGCCCGCUGUCCACAAGUAACCAAAAAGCGUCCUUGAUGGUCUCGCCAUCAUCGCCAACGGUAUCCCCGACUGAACCACGAAUACCCAGCUCAGGCUCUUUUUACGUAAAGAAGCCUAUUUUAAAGAAGCGAAGUAUGUCUGAAGUUAUGCUUCAAAAAUCGCUAUCAAGUUCGAGCCUACUCAAACAAGCUGCUGCGGCCAUUGAGUCACAACAAGUGGAGAUGGAUUGUAAAACUUCUAGACCGGCAAUGGUUGCAAGGGCGAAUUCGGACUUUGCCGCUUUGUCAUACGCUUCGAAGACUACGACUGCGAUUAACACCAGCGAAUUACCCUCGGCCCUUUCUACCGGAUGCCCUUCACCAUCCUAUACAAAGCAUAUACACUUUAAUGACCAGGUACAACAAUGCAUCGCAGUGGAUAAGGAUGACGAGGACGAUGAAGAGGAUGAAGAUGAGGAAGAGAAUGAAGUCUUUCAGGUGGAGAACCUUGAAGAUAGCUCUUCAGAUGAUGAUGAUGGCUUACUCAUGAUGCCGAGGCCAAAGGUUGCCGUCAAAAGCACUACACGAACGAACUCCGGCGAGCACCAAACAAUUGCCAUGUUACCAUCCACUACACUAAAGUAUGUUGAGGAGCCGGUUGUUAAGAAGAACGACACUUUCAACAAUAUUGGCACGUUCAUAUCUUCAUUUGCUACGCCUGCCCCAACUCAGCCCCAAGACCUGGAUCAAUCAUCGUUGGUUGGGACGAAGUCUUACAUACUGGAGGAUGACGACGAUGACAUGGCAGAGCUGGACUGGGAGCCUAGUGGAGGGGCGUUUAGAUCCCGACGGGACAGCGUUGCCGUUGCACACGAUCGGUUUAGCAGAGCGGAUGUCGAUAUGGGCAAUGCCCACCGUGACGACUUUGAGCUCCCGAAGUACACAUAUGAAGAAGACGAAGAUGAUGAGGUUGCGGCUGGGUUAUUUGGCAGGGCCGUGGAUGCAGUCAAUACCGCUCGGGAUAUUGCGCAUGUUCUUUGGAACGUUGGCUGGAGGAAAUAA